AUGUUGUUGAGCAAGCAGAAGAAGAACCAGAACGUGAGGAGGUUCCUCAUCAGCAUCAACGUGCUGGGGAGUGCGGGGCCCAUUCGGUUCGUGGUGAACGAGGAGGAUCUCGUCGCUGCGGUUAUCGAGACCACGCUCAAGAGUUAUGCGCGGGAGGGGCGCCUUCCUCUGCUCGGGACUGACAACGCCGGAUUCUCCCUCUACUGCCCCCAUCUUGGACCAGAUGCUUUGAGUCCGUGGGAUACAAUUGGAUCACAUGGAGCGAGGAAUUUCACGCUAUGCAAGAAGACAGAGAAUAUGAAUGAGGCAACAGUGGCUGAUGAAGGAAGUGGGCCCACAGCUGCACUUCCUCGGAGGGGAAAUGGCAGUUGGAAGUCUUGGUUCAACAAGUCCCUUUAUCACAAGAUUUCUUCCCAUUAA